AGGAGAAGCUUGAAUUCCUUGAUAUACUCGAGGAAUCUAUCAGUUCCCUACAAACAUGUCAACUCAUCAUCUUCAUCCUUUUCACUUCUCUUCUUUCUUUCGAUUUUCUUCGAGAUCGUCCUCCAGAAAACGGUGCUUGAUAACAUCAAUUUCUUUUCACCAUCUUCAGAUUACGCGUAUAUUGGUUUGGACUCAAUAGUUACCUUCCAUGUCGAUGAGCCUAUCUCUCAAGGGCACCUCUUUACAGGAUGGAUAAAACUCUUUCCGUGCUUUUUUGUGGGGCUCCUCAACAUCAUCAUGACUGUUAAUGCAAUGUACAUGGUAUACGCAGCAGAGAAACCGAUCAGUUUCCGGGAUCUUACGAGACAAAAUUCGAGGUUAAAAGGUCCUUUGAUUACAUCAAUCUAUGUUCUGCCCUUGUCGACCUGUAUCCUGCUUGGAUUAGUUGGGGUUGUCUCGAACUGGUACACUCUGACAAAGGGCUUCGUCAGGAACUACUACUUUUAUCACGAUCAGAUUAAUGAUUACAUUGUUGAAUCAUUGAUAACCAUCUUCCAUUUUGCUGCGUUUAUAGCAUUGCUAAUCAAGUACUCGGAGUGGAGUGCAGGAUGGAACAUGGCUCUCGUGAUCUUGAUUUUGGAGGAGACGUUCGGGAUCGAAGCGUUCCAACUGUCGGCUUAUUUCGGAAGGGGUAGUACGCAGCGCGGUCUUCGGUUAAUGCUCGUUUUCGCUAUAUGGGAAAUCAUCUUGAGGUUGCCUUGACUUUUGGGGAAGUCCAGUGACAGAGCUGGGGGCAUGCUGUUCAUCUUUGGAAGCACUGGCUUGAUCUGCAUAGGGAAUUUGAUGAAAUGGAUUGUUUUGGUGAUCUAUUUCUUGGAUUGCAAGAAACGGAUUUUGGAGAAGAAAGUAGAUGAAGAAGUUGGAAGAAAAGAUGUUGGAUUUGUGGAUGUUUAAGUCAUUGAAACUCCUUUAAUGAAGUGUAUAAUCACCAA